AUGAAGAGAAAGCCAAACAGUAUGGUUCUUCCGAAGCGUGGGAGGCUGGUGACAAACUCAUCCGCUGCAGAGGAGUGCAGUAUCCCAUCGAACUCCAAAACCGUCCAGGAUUCGUCCCUUCCUCUCAGACGCCUCACCAUGUCACAGCACAGUGACAACCUCCUUGCGUUUCUGAACGAGGACCGGACCCGGCAGAGGUUCUGCGAUGUGUCCGUGUUGGUGGGUGGGACGGUUUAUAGAGCCCACAAAGCCGUCCUGGCCCACGGGAGCAGCUACUUUCAUGCAGAGCUCUCCAAGAACUCGGGCACAAUGACUCACGUCACUCUGGACCACGUGGAGGAUUCAGUUUUCCAGCAUCUGCUCGGCUUCCUGUACACAUCAGAGUGUGUCGUUGCAGAGACAGACCUCCCAGCUCUAGCUGACGCAGCCAGGUUCUUGGAUAUGAUGGACGUAUUAAAGCUCUUGUGUGAGGACGGUAAAGCUACCUCCUCCCAGGGAGAGACGAGGGAAACUGAGUUAGAAAUUCCCUCCUGUGACGCUGCUGGGGCGGACACAGAGGUCCAGAGCACCCUAACCAGCAAAAUCUCCCCGCAGCACAGUGUUGCUGAAAGUACUAAUCCAGCUUCAGGUAGGGAGGUGAAGACAUGUCCGAAAAGUGCUACCACGCGGAGAUCAGCUUGUACAAGAAAAACACCCUCUAAACAUAAGAAAGACAAUGGAAAUCACUGUAUCAGCAAUCCUACGGAGCAACAAAGAGUUGAAUCACCAGGGAGACCAGAUGAACACAAAGUGGACGGUGUUUUGGAGGUUAAUCGGGAUGUGAGAGAGACCCCCAAACCAUCUCAGGGCGAUGACGUGAUGGAGGAGGACACGGAGGAGGACCAGCAAGAUGUUGACAUGGGUGCUGUUUCACAAAAGAACAUUUGUGAGGCUUCUGGAAAUGACAGGAUGGCUUUAGAAGAAGGUUCACACACUGACAGAAUGGAGGCCCCAUCCGGGCAAGAUCGGGAAGUUUACAUGCCUCCAGCAGCGAGCACUAACCAAAGUCCAGAGUAUCCCGAGGGUCUGGCUCCAGUUAUCAUCCAAACAUCCAGCAAAAAGACUCUCAAGUGUCCCAAAUGUGAGAAGACUUUUGAUCGUGCAGGGAAAUACGAAAGUCACACCAGAGUCCACACGGGAGAGAAGCCCUUCCAGUGUGACAUAUGCCUCCAGUGCUACUCCACCAAGUCCAACCUGACGGUGCACAAGAAGAAGCACGCAGGCGAUGCUCCUAUUCCAAAGAAGGAGCACAAGUGUCCCUUCUGCAACAAACUCCAUGCCAGCAAGAAAACUCUGGCCAAGCACGUCAGAAGGUUUCAUCCCGAUCACACGCAGGAGUUUUUUGCUGCGAGGAAAAAGAAGAGCGAAGGCUGGAAAUGUGCAAUUUGUUCGAAGACAUUCAGCCGCAGGCCUCACCUGCAGGAGCACAUGAUCCUGCACACCCAGGACCGGCCCUUCAAAUGCUCGUUCUGUGACGAGUACUUCAAGUCCAGGUUUGCAAGGCUGAAGCACCAAGAGAAAUAUCACUUGGGUCCGUUUCCCUGCGAGAUCUGUGGACGUCAGUUCAACGACACCGGAAACAAGAAGAGGCACAUAGAGUGCACACAUGGAGGCAAAAGAAAGUGGACCUGCUAUGUUUGUGGGAAAUCAGUGAGGGAAAGGACGACGUUAAGGGAACACUUGCGUAUUCACAGCGGAGAGAAACCUCAUCUCUGCAGCAUUUGUGGGCAAAGUUUCCGUCACAGCAGCUCCUACAGGCUUCACCUCAGAGUCCACCAUGACGACAAGCGCUACGAGUGUGACCAAUGUGGGAAAACCUUCAUACGCCACGAUCACCUGACCAAGCAUCAGAAAAUACACUCUGGUGAGAAAGCACACCAGUGUGAAGAAUGUGGGAAGUGCUUCAGGCGCCACGAUCAUCUAACAGUGCACUAUAAAAGCGUUCAUUUGGGAGAGAAAGUUUGGCAGAAAUAUAAAACUGCUGUGCAUCAGUGUGAGAUUUGCAAGAAAGAGUUUAAAGGAAAGUCCAGUUUGGAGAUGCACUUCAGGACUCACUCAGGCGAGAAACCCCACAGAUGCCCUGAGUGCCAUCAGACCUUUCGAAUCAAGAAGACCUUAACGAAGCACAUGGUGAUUCACUCAGAUGCCCGUCCCUUUAACUGUCCACACUGCAGCGCCACCUUCAAGAGAAAAGACAAGCUGAAGUACCAUGUGGACCACGUGCACAGCGCCAGGUUCACCGAGCCGCCCCCCAGUCAGGACAAAGCCGCCUCUACUCCUUUUCAGGAAACCCCAAAGACGUACCACUCUGACCCCAAGUCGGCCCCGCGAAGCGCCUCCAACCCGGCCGCCGUCUGCAUCCCCGUCACUUUAGUCCCUGUUCCCAUGGCAGCAGGAGGUCUGGGAGACCUUCACCCCCACCGGUCCACCUCUCUCGCGUCCCAGACCCACAGCGUGGUAAACGUUCAGGCUCAGGGCCAGCAGCAGAACCCCGGCUACCAGGCAGCGACAGAUCUGGCUUUCUUAGAGAAGUACACCCUGACCCCUCAGCCGGCCAACAUCGUCCAUCCCGUAAGGCCCGAUCAGAUGCUGGACCCUCGAGAGCAGUCGUACCUGGGGACGCUGCUGGGCCUGGACUCGGCUUCCUCUGUUCAAACCAUCUCCAACUCUGAUCACACUCACCGAUGAAUGAAUCCGGUGGAAAAUGUGCAGAUUUAGGACAAAAACCAUGUGAACAGCACCCGACCCGGUUUGAUUCAAAAGUAACGCCCGAAGAGAGACGUUAACACAUUGACUUAUUUAUUACUAUUUCUAUCUAAUCUUUUAUAUAAUUUAUAUCGGCAUAAUAAUGUUUAACAGAUUGGAAGAUUUCAUUUGAUGACAUUUAAAACUUAAGUGCUUUUAGCAGCUAAGCUGUUGAGGAAUGAACUUUGUCCUGUUAAACAAAUGGUACGUUUUCAUUUCCUGGUUGGGUGAUUCAUUUAUCCUCUUAAAACUAGCUGAACAAAACAGCCGGUCUUUACAAAUAAUGAAACUUUUUAAUUUGCAUCACGAACAAUCAAAGCAAACAGGCAAUUCUGUCAUUUUAAUCCAUAGAACAUUUUCUUUUUAGUUUUUUAUCAAUUUUCUUUUCUUUUUUUAAAAAAAUGAAAAGAAAGCCAUUAAGGUAAACAUUGAUAGAGCUUUGGAACUGACGUCACUGCGUGUGAUGUUUACGUCGCUGGGCGCCAUCUUGUAUGGCCACGUACCAAAACAAACUUUUCCUGGCGUUUUCAUUGUGCUACCUAUUCAGUGAAGUUGUUUUCAAGUUGCAUAUUGAAUAUUCGGAGUAAGGAGCAUUUAGCUCAAGGUUGAUCCGAUUUAGGAACACUGAUUCCGGCCAACUGUUCUCUAUCACUCCCUCCUCAAGCUCUCGGAGGUUCACAUUGGGACUGUAAAUUUCCGAACCAAACACUCCUGUAAAUAAAUGCCUUGUGACCAACUGAUACAAAAAAGUGGUAAUUCAUGCUAUAACAAGAGGCACACUAUCUUCUAUUAAAAUUUUAAGCGACAGACUGGCGACCUGUCCAGGUGACCCCGCCUCUAGUCAGGAAUGUUAACUGAGAGGCAGCAGCAUCUCCUGACCCCUCUAGGGACAGGGGUGUAAGAAAAUGGAUGGAUAAAUCAUUUUAAUAUUAAAUAUGUUUUCUUCAAUAGCUUGCCCCAUUAACUCAAAAUCAGUGUGAAAUUAUUCUACUAGACUGUAUAGAUCAUGUUUAUUACAUUUUGACCCCUUUUUUUAUUUAACUAAUUUUAUACUUUAAAAAUAUUUUUUUAAAAUGUUCAUAAAAUGUGUUACAUCAGAUGAUCAUCGCAUUUGUUACCUGUAAUGUUCGAUUACAUAAAAUUCAGACAGGAUCUAUUUCAUUACAUGUUCACUUCUUACCUGAAAUAUGUUUAAUACAACAAAUAUUUCCUUAAAGUGUGAUUUAUUUCAUAACAUUUACUCGUCACCUUUAUUGUUUACUCUGAAGUGUUUAAUUACACAUUAAAUGUUUAAAGACGGGCUCUUUCUUCUGGUUUGCUUGUUACAUUAAAUGUUUACUGCAAAAUUGAAUAUAAUUGUUUACUUUAAUCACAUAAAAUGUUUAUUUAAAAUAUAAUCUUUCAUUACACCUAUGUUUAUUACCUGAAACAUUUUAGAUAUCACAUUUUUACUUGAAAUGUGAUUCAUUUCAUCACCUGUUUACGUGCAACUUGAAUCAAACGUUUCAUGAAUGUUUUACCACAUUAAACAAUUAAAUGAGAGAAAACAGCCACUUCCAACUGAACACACAUUUCAACCCAAAUGCUUCCUGUUCCUCUUCAGAGUCUGCAGGCUUGCUGAGCUUCUCUCCUGGUGUUUCCUCCUCAGCCUCUC